CUCCUCUACUUAACGCUUCUUUUAAAUGAGAAGCCGGAGAAAUACUAAUUCUUCGUAUACUGGAUGAUUAUAAUUGCAAACCCAAAUGCACUUGAAUCAGUGCAGUCUAUACAAUUCAAAGGAUCGUGACGAACAGCAGCAAAAUUGAUCCUGGAACUUAUUUGCGAUAUGACAGUACAGAUAUUUCUCUUUUGCAAUUUUUCAUGAACAUCUUGAAGGAUAAUCGAAUCGAAAAACGAGAGAUAAAUAAAGAUAUUUGAUUAAAUCAUUACGAUGGACGACGUGUAUAAGCUUUACGAUCUUAACGCGUCGCCUAAGGUCGACAUAAGCGGAUAUUUCAACGACUAUUUGAAAUUGUUAGUGCCCUCCGAUCGUUUUCUACAGAUGCGAAAAGAUGACAGUAAUAUUACUUCACUGAUGGGAGUCCAGCUUGAGAAAGACGAGAUGUCUAUGUUAACAGACUACUGCAGUGUCAAUCAGUUGACCGUGGAAGGAGAAUGUGAGAAAGUUGUUAAUACUAGGAAAAUGAGAAACAAGAAAGUGUUCGAUCCCAAGGAACCUGAAGAUGUGGAUUUGCAAACUUUACAAAACUUAAGGAAACGAUGGAGUCAAAAGACUAAACACGCUGUUUAUAAAUACAAGAGCGAAUAUUUUAUAAAUGAAACUAAAAAGGAAGAAACAAAUAAAUUGUGCGCCAUCCCUGGCCAAGACAUUCUCGUAUUUGUCAGAGUAUAUCAUCCUUUCAUGAAUCAGGUGAAGAACACGCCAAAAAAAGUAUUCGGUACAACGCUUAAAUUAAACAAUGUCAUAGCCAUGUUAGGCUUUCAAACGCUUGCUCAGUUGAGAGAUAAAAUUUCAUGCAUAUCUGAUUAUAGUAUUUCUAGAGAAUGCAGUGAAAAUUUGAAAAAUGCAGUUGGACCAAUGGCAAAGGAUGUAUAUAAAUCAGGGUUCUUCUUCAUAGAAGAUACUUUUUAUAAUGAUACAAGGUGCUCGACGAAUGUUGAUUAUAGUAGAGGGAUCAUAGAGUGGGCACAGAGAAAACAAAAUUUAGGACCCUUUAAAACUGACACAAUGGAAAAUACUAGGAUAGAUUCUUUACAUUUAAGGUUCGGCUAUCCGUGGGUUUACAAACACCAAGGUGGUUGCGAACAUUUAAUCGUAUUCAGUGACGCUAGAUUGAUUAAUUGUGAUGACGAGGUGACAAUAUCUGCUUAUCCGAGGAUAGUACGAAUAAAACCAUCGUGCUCAAAAUUUUGCAUGAUAUGCAGCACGUAUAAUGUUAAGUGGAUCACAUUGGAUCACGACAGGAUCCCGCAUAACCCAUGUUACUUCUGCGAUGAUUGCUUCAAAUCUUACAAUUACGUCAAUUGUAAGAAGGUCGGAGAAUUCAAAGCGUACGCGUACCCGCAAAACAUCGAAGCAGUGAGAGGACACAUUAAGAUAUAAAAUAAGUAUUUGAAUUAAAAAUGAAAUUACUUUAUUACGGA